CCCCUCGGCUAAGUGGAGUCUCAAUUAAGCCCAUUGGGCUGUUGGCGAGGGAUGCAGUCCUCAUUGUUGACUUGUUAGCCCAGGUUUAGCAUGGACCAAAAUUAUCGUUGAUUCUCGGACCAAAGACUUUCUGCAGCAUCGAAACAGACGAGGGAAGGUCACCCCGCGCGGCCGCGCCCCCGCGCCUUCCGCAUAGGCACGAUACUGACUGCCACCGCCCUGGAAGUGGAAGAGCAGACACUUUGAAGAUACAAUAGCCAUCAACGGUAACGAUGUCAAUUGUACCUUCAUACCUUCAUGUUCUGCCUUUGGGUUUCAGGUGAACCAUGAGAAAAAACAAAGAGGAUAUCAAGUAGGUUGUUGUGGCUGCUGAUUACUUUCAUAUGAAUAGUAGAACUCUUAUCAGUUUAUGGGCGAGUUGAGGAGCCAAAACGAGCCUAAAGGUUCAGAAUAAAGUUCGUACCUUUCUAAGUUUCUUCAAUCGUGUUGAUAGUGAUAGGGUAGAGAGCUUGGUCUUAAUUAGCCACCGAGAGGGUUCUUUGUGUUAUAACUUCACUGCGAAUUUCCUGAUGUUUUCUGUAGUUGGAUUCUGAUAAUUUCUGUUAAUCAAGUCUUGCAGGAAUUGGAGAGACCGAAAUUCUGUUACUCACUUUUCUGGUCGUUGAAUUUGAGUGUUGAGAGUGUGAAGUAGAUAAUGGAUGCUGAAGCAGUCUCAGGGUUCACGCUUAAAUCCAAACAGAAACGUUCAUUUGGGAAACCUUGGAAAGGAUAAUCUAGGGUUAAAAGAGAUGGUUCUCUGAAAGGGAACAAUGGCAGUGGACCUCCUCAUUCAAUGUGGGUUUCUCGUAGAGAAGGUGGUAAUUCAGGAAGAAGGGGUGAAUCUAUUGAAGUUGCAGAUGAUGAAGUUAGGCAAUUGCGUGGGAGUAAGCGUACUAGUAACUCGAAGGGGAUUGAUAAACUGGAUAAUGAUGGGAACAAUAUACUGAAGAGACAUAGCAAACACGAGUUAAACUCAAAUACAGUUCCUGAUAGGAGUAAGAGCAAAAUCAUGGGAACUUCUUUUAUAACUUAUGGGAAGAAAGGCUUAAGGAGUAAAAGGAUCAGUCUCGAUAGUGAUACCAAGAUUCAGGAUGACGAACCGAAGAAGAAGAAAAAACAUGUUAUGCGUCUAGAUCCAUACGAUACUUCAAACAACCGAAUGGAUGAUGGAUUGGUUGUCAAUGAAACUUCCAAAGAAAAGAAGAAGCAAUUAGACAAAGAAGUGGCAAUGUCAAAGAAUGCAGAAUUCCGUGUAAUUAAACCAAGUCCUUCCAUCCUUUCCUUUGUGGAAGACAAUUUGUUGGGUCGGCGGCGUACUAUUGAGCUAAAAAGGGCUGGAUAUAACAUUGAGUUGUCUGCGCCACUUGAUAAUCUCCCGGAUUCCAAAAGCUCUGAGAGAGAACGUAUUGAAGAAAAUGUCUUCAGGAAUAAGUUGACCUUUUUUGCUGCUGCAAAAGUUUCAUCUUUGUUCCCACCUCCCAAUCUUCCAGAGAUUGCAUUUUCUGGAAGGUCAAAUGUUGGGAAGUCAUCUCUACUGAAUUCACUUACGAGACAAUGGGGAGUUGCACGAACAUCAGACAAACCUGGCCUCACUCAGACGAUUAAUUUCUUUGAGCUGGGAAAGUUUUGCUUGGAGUAUUUGCCGGGAUAUGGCUUUGCAUAUGCGAAAGAAGAAAUUAAGGAUUCUUGGGAAGAGCUUGUUAAGGAGUACGUGUCAACAAGAAUGGGUCUGAAACAAGUCUUUCUUCUCAUCGACACAAAAUGGGGAAUGAAACCGAGAGAUUGGGAACUCAUUAAUUUGAUGGAAAAGUCUCAAACAAAAUAUCAGAUUGUAUUAACCAAGACCGAUUUGGUGUUUCCAAUUGAUGUAGCACGGCGUGCUAUGUAAAUCGAAGAGGUGAGUGAGUUUACAUCAUCGCUUAUUAAUUCUUUUCUCUUAAUCUGUUGUUCUAUCUUUUGGUAUCACAUAGUUGGCUGUAUCAAACAACCCCGCUUUUGCAGAGCCUGAAGGCUAACAAGUGCAUAGUGCAGCCUGUGGUAUGUGUUAAUACACAACUGCAAUUGUCUGUCUGGUUUCAACCUUGAAACAGUAGAGGACUAAUAGUUGCUUGCUUACGGCUUUCCCUACAGAUGAUGGUGAGCUCCAAAACUGGAGCUGGGAUUCGGACAUUAAGGACAGUGCUCUCCAAGAUUGCUCGUUUCGCCAAAAUAUAAAGAUUCAUGACCAGAAGUUGCCAUUUGGUCUCAGUAGAUUGCUUCUUUAAUGUUGUUACAUAUUCUAGUCUGAACUAAGUGAUGAUAAACCAGCAAUUUUUCUCGAUGCUGGUGCUGUCUGGGGACGUUUACCUUCCUCCAAGGGACAUAGGGUUGACCUUUUGUGUACAAUAUUAAAUGUAUAGUUAGGUGAAGGAGAGGCGUGGAUGAAUAUUUCAAAUGAUGCAUUAUAUAUCAUGCACGUGAGAGUGUGUAGGGUUUUAGAUAAUGCAUAAUUGAAGUGCAUGAUGGAGUUUAUCAUUUUGCUGCAUUCCUAAUAGUGGUAGUGGUGGUGGCAGAGUGACAUGGGAAGCACUGUGUCACCAAUUCCAGGCGUGGAAAUGCAGAGGAAUUGGGAGUAAUUAUAUGGCAAGCCAUCUUCGUUGACUAUAUCUGGUACCCAAGACAUUGACAUGCGUGAACAUGGAGAGCGAUAGCUACAACUGUUGUAAUUUGUUGAUGUAUCUAUUGAAAGGCGUCAAUAUGGCAUGUUAACUGAUAUACCUGAACGAUGCUCUGGUUUGGUUUUAGUCGCUUGAAGAGCAUGUUUCGUGGUGGCACGUCUCUUAACAAUGUUACUAUUUUCUUGAAAAGGCCUUCUCCAUUAGUGUACAUACCAAGGUUUGAAGUUAGAGAGUGAGCUGAAAUUGGUCAUUCGCUGCUUGAUGUUCAACCUUUUUCCGCAAAUUAAACAAAGUUGUAGUUUGAGG